UCAUCAACCAACAGAAACAUGGGGUCAUCACCACCUCCAACUUUAUCUGGUCCUACAUUACCAGCAGAGCUUGAGAGUUCCUUUCGUCAGAUUGUAACUGAUGCUUGUGAAUCUCACCCACAUUUGAGGGAUUUUCUCAUUGAUUUUCAUUUCAAAGAUGGGAAUAUUAGAUACUCCCAGAUCGACCAAUACCUUAGCUCUUCACCAUUUUCCUCUUCCCAAGCAAAUCGGCUGGAAUCCCAAAACUUUUUAUCAACCACAACGCCAAAUAAUCCUCCAUCCUCAGUUCAUGCCAGCUCGGCUUCUUUAUUAAGAACAUCUACUGGGAACCCUGACAACUCCAUACACAACAAUGAAAAUCCAGCCACACAAGCAAAUAUUUUGCCAAUGGGAACAAACUCAAGGCCUGAUGGCCCAAACCCGAUUCACAAUCAAUCUGUGACACCCAUGCCUACAGAAAUCAUACCCAACUUCAUCAAUUCAGUACCAGCAAACAGUGGAGGAGAUGAAUGUGGUGAUGAGGGUGGAGUUAUCCGAAGUGCAGCGAGAUCGAGAGCACCGUGGAAAAGGAUGUACGAGUCCAGGCUGAUGUUUCAUUCUAUAGCUGGUGGUAGUUCGUUGAGAAAUCAACCCGAACCGAAUCAAUAUUGUGGAUGCAUCAUGAAAACAGUGAUGGAAGGCCAGACCAUGCCUUCCCUGAGGACUUGCCCGGUUCAUGAACCCUCCUACGAGCUAUUGGAUUUGUCUGUGUUAACUAGUCAUGUACCACCGCCACCACCAAUUGAAAAACAUCCUGAUGAUGUAAUUAGUAGCAUGGGGGGUUCACUACCUAAUCAUGAGAAUGUUGGGGAAUGGGUUCCUGCUCCAUUGAACUCAACCAUCCAACACGGAUUUAAUUCGCAAAGGAUGAAGGAUUCACUUCCUUGUCAUCAGAAUGUUGAAGGAUUGGUUCCUGCUCCAUUGAACUCAACCAUCCAACACGGGCUUCAUUCCCAAAGGUUGACAUAUCUGAUAGCGGGUGCACUUCCUAGUCAUCAGAAUGUUGGAGGAUUGGUUCCUGCUCUAUCGAACUCAACCAUUCAAGAGGAACUUGAUUCCCAAAGUGAUGAUGUAAUUAGUAAGAUGACGGCUUCACUUCCUAGUCAUCAGUAUGUUGAAGAAUUGGUUCCUUUUUCAUUGAACUCGACUAUCCAACACGAAGUUGAUUCCCAAAGGAUGGCGGGUUCACUUCCUUGUCAUCAGAAUGUUGGAGGAUUGGUUCCUGCUCCAUUGAACUCAGCCAUUCAAUACGAACUUGAUUCCCAAAGGCCUCAAAGACAAAAUACAGCUUCAAUAUUUGAUUUGGAGUUGAAAGCCGCCCAGCCAUCAACAACAUUCUCUUAUUUCCAAGUUCCGCAAUCGCAUAGGCAGUGGACAGGUAAUGCUAUCGAUUUGGGAAGCUGUUCACUAGUACAUGGACACAGUAUUCAAAGCAUUCAAACAAUCACUUCCCCAAUAGUCUCUACUACAGCAGUAAUCCCAAAUGAUGAACUCCUUGAAAUCACUUAUGAACGUGAUAAUCUGCAGCUGGAAAGCCAAGAUUUUAGUAUCAGUAGUGAGGCUGCCAAACUCGAGCAAUUUGUUAAGCAGUUCGAAGCACUAAUUCAUGUGGAUCAAAUGGACUGGAACAACGACGCUCUGGAAACCUCCUAA